AUGCUUUUGAACAGGGAGUAUUUUCUUCUCGGGUUAGCUGCAAUUGGCGGCGUACCCAGGGCCUUCUGCAGAGCUCUUUCGGGCUUUGAGACUGAUGGUGAGAAAGCUUUCGCACCCAGUAAUUGAGCCAUUGAACCAGUCUAAUCUAUGUGGCAGUAUACAAUGGCAACCAUGCUCAAGCCAUACCAGCUAGAAGCAGAGACACGCAGCACAAAGAAACUUUACCUUUUCAUACUAGAGACCACGAAUAUCUUCACAGUACCAGAAUAGUACGCAGAGGUAAAGUUCCUUCGACGUGCAAACGCCACUGCUCCGGAGCAGAGGAAGAACCACCAGAAGGGGUCAGAAGUCCUGAGGAGUUAACACUUCGUGGAAUAAGAGCCCUCCAACUUGUCGCUAGCCCAGUGCAAAGCAGAGACUAUACCAUAAGACUAUACAAAUAUUACUAUGUCACGAAAUUGACCCUACAAGAGUCACUUGAGCACGGUGGUCUUUUCAAAGGCCUUGUUGAAAUGGAGUUUUUCGGCAAAUACGGAUUUCCCAUGGAAGGUGGUUGGCAACGUUUAUGGAUCCACUCCACACGCCGUUUAUUUAAUGCUGUCGUUGACUUUAGCAUUGCAACAGCCACAAAGGAUGGCAAAUAUUAUGCUGCUAUUGUUACCCAUGCGCGUUUUGCAACCAACGAUGCAAACCGCUAUCAAGUUGACGAGAAGGGUGAAAACAUAAUGACUGAAGACGACGAGUUUCUUCCGGUACAAGAUGGAAGCGACUUAACAAGAGCUAUUCCAGUAUCUCAACUCCUGUAUUACGGGAUCAAGGUAACAUCCAUAUCUCUUUCUCUAUCAAAGUGCCAGGUGCUGUGUACUAAUCAUUGAUCCAACAGGAAACCAGAUAUCUCAAGAACAUAAAACCUGAAAGGUUCUUCUUGAUAUCGGAGGAUAUAGAAAACUUUGAGACCCGGAGGGAUAUCCUUGCGGCUCGAAGUGCUAUGGGGGUGAAUGAAGGGGAAUCUGGUGAUGUGAGGGAUGCAACUGUUUUGAGGAAGGACGCACCUGGUGUUGAGGAUGAAAUGUUUAAACUCCUCUGUGGUAAUGAUAACAACUAUUCAUGGCUCAAUAGUAGGUAAUGCCCAGUCGAUCCUCCUCUUUUGAGCUCUUUUCACCUUUUUUUGUAGCUUUUUUAUUUUGAAUAGCAACGCUAACUCCUAGGUCUUCUGUAGCGGUAGGCCGCAACCCAAAAUUAUUUGGAAACUACGAUAUUGUGAGCAUGACGGUCAUACCAUCGCCUUUCAUGAUGGUCAUAGAAAUGGUUAAGAAGCCAUCGAGAUGA